AUGUAUAUUUUGUGUUUCCUGAUGUCUCUAGAUUUGGAACAAAUUCUUGAGAAGGUUGGAAAGGACAAACACUUUAUUAAUGAAUCACUUCUUCUGGGAUGCACCGACAAGAGUGAACCCCAGUUCUCUCUGGAAGUGGGUGAAGUAGAGCGCAGUGCAUUGGAACAGGAGUGCAGAGGUACAUUUGUGGACCUCCGGAAAGCUUUCUUCAUGAUAACUCCAUCAGAGUCUGCUCUUGCUGCAAAAGGCCAAGCUCUCCUCCGAUGGCACCAGACCAAUGGCUUCUGUAGUGCCACAGGGCAGCCCACCACCAGGAACCAAUCAGGAAGUUUUAGAGUUUGCCAAAGCAGUGGUAUCACCUACUACCCUAAAAUGUCUCCAGUGGUGAUUGUUCUGGUGUCUGAUGGGAGCAGGUGUCUGCUGGCGCGACAGGCCAUGUUUCCUCCAGGCAUGUACAGCGCACUCUCUGGCUUCUGUGACAUGGGAGAGUCAGUGGAGGAGGCGCUGCACAGAGAGGUGGCAGAAGAGGUGGGGUUAGAGGUGGAGAAUCUUCAGUACUCUGGAUCACAGCACUGGCCAUUCCCACAAAGCUCCUUUAUGUUAGCCUGUCACGCCACGGUAAACCCAAACAAAACACAGGUGAAUAUAGACAAGGCUGAACUUGAGGAUGCUCGCUGGUUCACUUUAGAAGAAAUAACAACAGCACUGCAGAAUCCUCCACGCAACCCAAGAGAACAGCCACCUGUGUUCUGGGUCCCACCUUCAUAUGCCAUUGCCAAUCAGCUCAUUCGGGAAUGGGCCAAUCAGCAGCAACUAUUAAGAAGCACACAUAGACUCAAGUAA